CACGAGCAUCGCGCUCCUCCUUAGGGCCUUCCUAAUCACGUGCUGAAGUUUUUUGACGAAGAUAUUUUGACGUUUAGUAUAUAUAUGUAGUGACCCUUUCGUGUCACCUUAAUUCAUGUCAAAUCGUUCCGAUUCCCAUAAAAAUCGAGCUUGGUUCUUUGGAAUCCCCGUGACGGUCCAAGUCGCGCCGAGUGUCGCGACAAUCGUUGCGAUUUUUCUUUUGACGAGUACGUGCCAAAGAAAAAGAAAAAAAAAUAAAUAAAAAAAAAAGUGGGAAAUUUGUUGAAGUCCCCAAGGGGGUAUCGUUCGUGGCGAGCAGCGCUCGGCAGGGUCUUAAUGGAAUAUUAAGAGGUUCUUGUCUGAAUUGCGAAAUCCAGUGAGGCCCUUCGACGCCGAGAAAGCCUGGAGAGAUCACCUGGACCGUCUGGCCGACAUCGACAAGCUCUACCCGAGUGAGACUCCCCUCUUGGCGAGACACAGGAGCCCUCCUCUUCUCACCAAGCCGCUCUUCGACAUCCACGGAAACAUGCUUCAGGACAUCCUGCCUUCGUUCAACUCGCUGCUCAAGAGGAAGCCCUUCUUCGACCUGCUGGAGCCUCUACCCUCUGCGCCCAUCAGCGCCUUUACGAGGGACCCAUGGUGGUACCCUAGCUAUGCACCCUACAUACCGAGUUACGCUCAGUACUCCACGCCGUUCUAUCUGAGAGACAGCUAUCUCAGCCCUGUUAAGAGUCGCUACUUGUGGAGCAGACAUCCGAUCAGGCCCUUCGCUCGCGUCCGCUAGGGACUUCAUAUCGCACCCCCACGGAUCACCUAAAACGUUAAGGAAGGAAUUUUUCGGAAAGCACCGCCACCCGGUCUCUCAUCCCGAGCCAUUACGCAGAGGCCUCGUCUCUCAAUUACUCGCAGUACGGAUCGCCCACGGAGUUUUAUUUAUUGACAUUCUCGCCACACCGAAGUACUGUAUUUAUCAUUCAUUGCUGUCUACGAAUAAAGAAUGACUUGAUCGAAAACGA